CAUGUGGCUGUGAUGACUUAACCUAGUCUGUUAUAAAUAUUUGAAAAAUUAUUUAGAGCUUGGUUUUUCCCGCAGGGAGCCAGGAAUGAUACAGUUCUGAAAUAUAGCCAGGUAACAAAUAUAUAGGUCCCCAAUUGGUGUGAACAACGGGUGGGAAUAUGGAAGCGCGAAAUACGGCUGGAUCGACAAGAACCGUCUCCAAUGUUGGUGGUGAUAAAAAUCCAUACGCUUAUCUUGAUCGGGCUGAUUUUACAUCGGAAAAAUUUAAGAUCGAAGUACGAGGUCUCCCAAAGUAUUAUGGAAUAAGUGAGCUGAAGAGAUUAUUUGUUGAAAAAUUGAAUUUGAAAUUGAGUAAAGUGAAGCCGCCAAGGAAAGGUAGUGGUUGGGUGUACGUCUGUUUCCGCACCGAGGAAGACCGUACAAGAGCUAUUUCUGCCAUCAACGGUAUUUCUUGGAAAAAUUCAACUCUCAGAGCUCAAGCUGCCAAACCUGCUCCUGAUCCAUUUAUCAAGCGUAAAUUAGAAAGAUUAGAAGUAGACGGCGAUGCUAAAAAAAAGAAAGUCCAGGAACUUGAUCUCCCAAUUCUACCAGCAGAAAAAAUUAAAUCCAUUACAACUCCACUAUGGGACAUGCCUUAUGAUGAUCAGCUGAAAUUGAAAGAGAAUGACAUCAAAUCGAUAUUGAUCAAGUUGGGGCAACAGAUAGCCAAAGAAAAUAAUGACUUGGCUAAAUGGAUAGAGACACAGAAGAAAGUCCAUGAUGGCUUGUUAUGUGAUCUGCAGCCUAUACUUCGAGCUGAGAGGAUUAAUGGCUACAGAAACAAGUGUGAGUUUACAAUUGGAAAAUGUGAAACAAAUGGCGCUGUCACUGUUGGAUUUAGAUUAUCCAGCUAUGCAGCUGGAUGUACAGCUGUUGGCCCCAUUGACGAACUCCAGCACAUUCCACAAAGAAUGAUCGAUGCUGUUAAGGUGUUUGAAAAAUUUAUUCGACGAUCAAAUCUCGAAGUGUUUGACCCAGUAAAUCAAAGUGGCUGCUGGAGACAAGUGAUUGCUCGUACUUCACGAUCUGACCAAUUAAUGUUGAUUGUUGCGAUUCACCCUCAAAAUCAAACCGAAGAACAAUUAAAUGAGCUGAAAGCUAAUAUUAAAGAUUUCUUUGAAAGUGAUGAAGGCACACUGGCACGUGUCACUUCGCUUUACUUUCAAAUAAUCACAAGAAGGGAUGUUGGUGGAGAAGGAGGCAUGGUUUUAAAUCAUCUGAGUGGAACAGAAUAUAUAGAAGAAACGCUGCUAGGCAUGACGUUUAGAGUGUCUCCAAAAGCAUUUUUCCAAGUAAAUACAUUGGGGGCUGAGGUUCUUUACAAAGCAGCUAUCGAUCUUGCCCAACCAACAAUGGAUACAACGGUUUUAGAUAUCUGUUGCGGUACAGGAACUAUUGGAAUUUCAUUUGCUAAAUACUGUGGCGAAGUAUUGGGGUUGGAGCUGAUUGAAGAGGCUAUAAAGGAUGCCAAACAGAAUGUUUUGACCAAUGGCGUUACAAAUUGUGAAUUUUUUGUUGGAAAAGCUGAAGAUAUUCUAUCACCAGUUAUUCAACGUGCAACCAAACCUGAUCUUGUCGCGAUUGUUGAUCCACCUCGGGCUGGUUUGCAUCAAAGAGCCUUGGUAACUUUGCGAAAGACUAAGAAAUUGAACAAGUUAGUGUAUAUUUCAUGCGACCCUAAGGCAGCGCUUAAGAAUCUCGUUGAUUUAGCCCGACCAACAUCAAAGCAAUAUCAAGGAGACCCAUUAGUACCAAUUAAAGCAGUUCCAGUUGACAUGUUUCCUUAUACCAAGCAUUGUGAACUUGUUAUUUAUAUGGAAAGACUUUCUAAAGCAGGGGCAGCUGGUGACUCCUGAACACAGAUCAUAUAAUGAAAUGAUGAAUAUGAUAAUAAAACAAUUGGUAUCCUAUAAUUGAA